AUGGGGAACAGCGACGCUGCAUCGCCCGCAUCGGCGGCCGCCGCGCGCGACGCCAAGAAGAGGGGGAACCGCUCGGCGGCGAAGCUGAAGCAGAGCAAGCGCGAGAGACGCGCCGCGGCAGUUUCUGUCCAAGGGCAAGGCAAUGAUGGCAAUGAUGCCAAGGUUGCAACUUCGCCAACAGGAGCAGGUUCAAAUGCUGGCUCACCCAUCCUUGCUUCCCCGCACCCUCCACUUCCUCGUCGCCGGGUUGAUUCCAGAUCAAGGGGUAGUGAUCCGGAGGACAGGGAGGAGGCCGGUGCUGCUGGCCUUGAGGUAGACGGCAGUGACCUUGACUCCCCAGGCUCAGACAAGUCCCAAGGUGGUGACUGCCCUCAGAGGAAGGGGUUCUCUGGCAAUGGCGGUGGCCGCAGCCUCAGCAGUGGAAGCAGUGUAUGGUCCAGCUCAAGGAGUGUGAGUGAUGCUGAGGAGGAUACAGGCGGCCCUGAGGAUGAGAGUGAAGUCUUCGAUGAUUGGGAAAUGGCUGCUGAUGCGCUUUAUGUCGAUGACAGUUCUUGUAACCAGAGUUCAGGUCCCACACUGACACCCCCACCAGCUCUGACCACUGCAGCACCUGCCCAUGCAGCGAGGCCAGAACUGAUUCGAAGCAAGACGAGGGCUUGGGCACCAGAUGACAUAUUUCGACCACAGAGCUUACCCAGCAUAUCCAAGCAGGCCAGCUUCCCAGCAAGCAUUGGUAACCGCUGGCCGGAGAUGGGAAUGAGUGCUGUGCAGCAGGGAAUUCUUUCAUUGCCGCUGUCAUGCCCCAUUUGCUGCGAUGAUCUUGACCCGACGGAUUCGAGCUUCUGCCCCUGCCCUUGUGGGUUUCACGUGUGCCUCUUCUGCCACAACAGGAUCAAGUUGGAAGAUGGGCGCUGCCCAGGUUGCAGGAAGCAAUACAACACAGUUUCUGCAGCAGAAGGCGGCGGCGGUGGAGGUGGCGCAAAAGCAGCAGUUGGGACUGGACGAGAGAUGGAAAAGCGGCUAUCCCGUUCUUGUAGCAUGGGUCCAAGUUACUAG